CACACAUUCGACACACACGAAGAUACCAAAAAUGGCCGAAGUACAGGCCUUUGACGAGCUGCUCGACAAGACGGUGCGCGCGCCGCGCCUGUCGGGCACAAAAGUCAAGGAGAUCCUCGCGCUCACCGAGACCAAGCUCGUCGCACACGACCACCAUAUCGUGACGGCGCUGCUGCGUCUCAACGGGUCGCUGGCGCCAGCGAGCACUCAGCGCAUCUCGAGCCUGUACGUGUUUGACGCGAUCGCUAGACAGGCCAAGGCGGCCGUCAGCCGUGGCGUCGGGCGGGCAGUGUCGACCGAGCGCGGUCAGGGGACGCAGGCGGGCCUCCUCGCCAAGCUCGAGGGGGUCGUCACGUCCUUUAUCGAGGGCAUGGUCGACGACGGCAAGGGCGGCGUGUGGUCCGAGGGAAGGGACAAGACACGCAAGAUUAUCGAAAUUUGGCGCAAGGGCAGCACGUUCCCCGACGAGUGUGUCAACAGCCUCGCGGCUAUCAUUGCCUCGGCGUCGACACCGUCGGCGACGACGCCAACGGCCGAGGGAGGAUCGAAUUCAGCUACGCGUUCCACUACCCCGCCGUUUGCGCCCCCGCCGCACCUGUUGGCCAAGUACGGCCGCGCGGGCGCCGGCUCGCCGGCCAAGGCGGCCAGCCCUGCCCCUGCGCCCGCGGCGGCCCCGGGUCAGCUGCCGCCCGAGAUCAUGGCGCUCCUGGGUGUCAAGAGUGCCGACCAGAAGGCUGCCGAGGCGAAGGCCGAGACCAACUCGGCGCUUGACGCCGUGCUCGCCGGCGUUCGUAGCGGAGCAGCAUCAGCACCACCACCAGCAGCGGCCCCCGCCCCAGCAUCCGCCCCCACACUCGACUUGACGGCCCUCGCAAACCUCAAGAACUUGAGCGGGCUGAACCUCCCCGCGCCGGUGCCGCAGCAGCAGCAGCAGUCAGACCGCUCGCGUGCCGGGCCGUCCGAGCGGCGCCCAAGCGCACAGGGACGUGCGCGCAGUCGCAGCCCAGACUGGCGGCGGGGGGAGCGUGGUGAUGGCCGCGACGGUCGCGGAGAGUAUCGCGAGCGGGGUUAUGACCAGCGCGAGCGGUCGCCACCACGGCGUGACUUUGACCGGCGGGACGGGCGCGACUACGACCGGCGCGGGGACAGCGGACGCGACUAUGACCGCGAUAGGCGGGACCACCGCGAGCGGUCGCCGCCCCGGCGCGACUUUGACCGCGCACCGCCACCACCAGCUGCGCGCGCUGCCGGUCUGCCGCCCAAGCCCGCACCGUCGGGCCUUCCCCCACGCCCAAGUGGCCCGCCACCGCCCCCCUCGGCGGCGAGCACGAGUCACUACGCGCUGCCGGCAAGUCUGCCGUCGCGGCCCGUCGCGGCGGGGUCGCAGGCGCAGUCUCACGCGCCACCACCACACCAGCAGCAGCAGCAGCAGCAGCAUCACCAACCACAGCAACAGCAGAACCACCACUCCCAGCCCCAGCCCCAGCAGCAGCAGCAGCAGCAGGCGCCAGCGGCACAAAACACGCUCGCAACAUUCGACCUGGCCUCCUUCGACCCUACGUCGCCCGACUCGUGGUCCGCGCUCGCGGCAGCGUGGCAGGCGUCGACAGGCCGCCCGGCCAACCAGCUCGAGCUGAUGCAUUUCCUCAGCACUGGCGGAAACAUGGGCGGCAUGAUGGGCGGCGGCGGCGGCGGCGGUAUGGGCGGCGGGAUGGGCAUGGGCAUGGGCGGCGGCGGCGGCAUGAGCGGCGGGAUGGGCAAUGGGUUCUGA